AUGAGAACCAUUGAGGAGACUAGAAAGAGAUGGGACAUCCUGUUCUCCGACAACGAAACACCUUCCGACCUCCGAGCGGCGUUGCAAUCCGAGCAAGGAGGAAACCUGUGCAAUGACGGACUGAGGUCUGUUUGCUGGAAGUCGUUUCUUCUCUUCGACGGCUUGGAUAAAACUGAAUGGGCGCCUAAGCUCGACGAAUCCCGGGAUGCCUAUCGUGCGCUGCGAGAUCAUUUCUUGAAAUACAUCGAACAUCCGGACGAUUUAGAGUCGACUGUUGAUCCACUGGCGGACGAUGAGCAGUCCCCCUGGCAAACACUCCGACUCGACGAGACGCUGCGUGCCGAGAUCCUCCAAGAUGUCGAUCGAUGCUUGCAAGAAAAUUUUUUUUUCCAAGAGCCCGAAACGAAAUCUAAGUUGACUGAUAUUCUGUUCGUCUACUCGAAGCUCAAUCCAGAUGUCGGCUACCGACAAGGAAUGCACGAACUACUCGCGCCUAUUCUCUGGGCAGUAGAUCGAGACUCGGUGAAGCCACACCCCGGAGGGCUUGGCAUGAACAAGGAUACAAGUGAGGGUUUGAUGCUAAAGCUUCUUGAUGCACAAUUCGUGGAACAUGAUUCAUUUGCACUAUUCCUCUCUGUUAUGCAGACGAGCCGCAUAUGCUAUGAACACGGCGAGACCCGGUCGGCAAAUGGCCAGAUAGAUGUCAUUCCGAUAGUUGAUCGGUGCCACUAUCUCCAUAAAGAAGCUUUGGCGGUUAUCGAUAAUGAGCUCGCUGAGCAUCUGGAAGCUGUGGAUGUAUUACCGCAAAUUUUCCUUACCCGCUGGAUGCGCCUUUUGUUUGGGCGAGAAUUUCCAUUUAACGACGUCCUAACCAUGUGGGAUCUACUGUUUGCUCAUGGAGUACGGUCUGAACUUAUUGAUUUCACUUGCAUUGCAAUGCUGCUUAGAAUCCGUUGGCAAUUGCUCACGGCCGACUACACAACCGCCUUAACAUUAUUACUUCGCUAUCCUUCGCCCCAACCACACAAACCUCAGACCUUUGUGGAAGAUGCACUCUAUCUGGAACAAAACCCUACUGCCAAUCGAGGCAGUUUCAUCAUAUCAAAAUAUUCAGGGAGACCGCCUGAUUCCAAAUCCCGCAACCACCCUGGUACACGGCCCACGAGGAAGGCCUUCCUUUGGGAAGACUUCAAGAAACACAGUGCAAGCAACUCCCCUGCUAGGUCACCAGCCCGGAACAGCCCCAAAAGUCUCGAAUCUCUUUUCCAGGAUGUGUCCCAGGGAAUUCAACGCCGGACAGAGACCUGGGGCGUAGCCAAAGCUGUUCGUGGCGCCGUGACGGAAGCCAGGAAAAAUAUGCAGACGAUGCAUUUUGAACCGCACAUGCGUGCUGGCUCUUUGAGGUCUGUUUCCGCGGCAUCAGAAUCGGACUUUAAAUCCAAGGCGGCCUCGGGCAGACUGGAAACGAAGAUUGAUCUACUUGAGCAAAGGAAUCAGGCUUUGGCGAUGAUUUUACGUGAGGCUUUGAGUGAUCUUGGCUCGCAGCUGGCAAAUAUCAAGGACCUUGAUGUUGAUACGAGCAGCGCAGUGAAGCAGGCCCUGGUCAAAGCUGAGAGUGUUCAGGUCUGCCUCGAAGAUUCUUCUAUACCAGUAGAACCCCCUCUUGGUUCCCGUGUAGACGGUGGAUUGAGCCAACCGGACGAGCUACAAGAGACAGCCACCUCAACCGUGGGUAAAGCAGAAGACAACAGUGUGGCAAACGAGGGACAAUCCCGAACGAGGAACUCCGCCAACGCGGAUAUGACCGGGCCAAAACCCGCGACUGAAACCAAUUCCAUGAGCCUAGACAUGGCAAGUCGGACGAAUAGUCACAGGAAGACGGAGAGCCCGCAAGACAUACCUUUGCGAUCAGCUGUGCGACCUUCUAUGACGGAUUCGGGAUUCUCAUGGAUGCUUGGCGGUGGUCGGAAUCUGUCGGGCUUUGUUAGCUCGACAUCGCCGCCGCCGGAACAGACUCGACAUCUAGACCAAAGCCGAGGGAAACCCAAACCGAAAACCUUGUUCGGAUUGAGCGGAGAUGACAGUCCAGGAACCGAUUCUGAGCAUAACCAAUUGGCGCUGGACAGUCUUCGGGGCUCUCGGGAUUCUCUGUCAGGGACCGGCCCACCAUAG